AAGCUAUCUCCGCCAUUCCUAGUUCUGUCCUUUAGAAAAUAGACGGUCCUGGCCUCUUAGUCCCAAGUGACCAGCUUACAAUGCUAACAGAGUUAAACGUCAUAACAUUCGGCUGUAACUUUGACAAUAGCCAACAUAAUAUAUUGAUUAUGGUCCUAAAAGCACUCAAAUCCAUGACCUUCUCGGCCACAGCAAGUCCAGCAGCCCAACUGCUUGGCCACAGAUGAACCUGAAGUUUCCUUUGGUGGCUAUCGUCAGUUGAAAACUGCUAUUUUUAGAUUUUCUCUUCGUCGCACCUAUCGGUAUGUUGACCUAAAAGUUUUUUCAUGUACUUUUGAGGGCGUAACUCAGAGUUGUACCAAUAUUCUAUGUUCCGUAAAUGAAGGGAGAUUACAAAAUAAUUUUUUAAAGAGGAAUGCGGAAGCAAGGAGUUCAGCGAGUCUACUUCCUGGGCUUUUUACGCAUGCGCAUAUAUCGAAGAGCUACUGCAGUCUAGAAAAAUCAACAUAGCGGACACUGUAGUGUAUACAAACGAAAACUGACCACCCCUUUUGUGACACUCGACUGUUAUAAAUAAUCCUUCUUAUGCACCCAGAACACGUGCAUAAUGUAGCAGGCUUAUCCUAUAAUUGUUCGUUUCGACUUGUAUAAAUGCAAGGAUCAUCCUGAAUUGUGUUUUCUGAAUCGAGCCAUCACACCAACUCUAUGCGCGACAAGGAGCGCAAGAUCGGUCAUCGGCGAGUGGACAAGGCGGGCAUCGUCUCCUACAAAAAGAAACCGACGUCGGAGUUGAUGGCGGCCAUCCAGCUGGGCAUUGGUCAGAGCGUGGGCGGACUGUCUUCCAAGCCAGAGAGGGACGUGCUCAUGCAGGACUUUGGGGUCGUCGAGGUCGUCUUCUUUCCCAGUGAAGGCAGCAACCUGACGCCAGCACAUCACUACAGUGACUUUCGCUUCAAGACUUACGCCCCCGUGGCCUUCCGGUACUUUCGGGACUUGUUCGGUAUACAGCCAGACGACUUUAUGCUGUCGCUGUGUGACGAGCCUCUGAAGGAACUCUCCAACCCAGGAGCCAGUGGCAGCAUUUUCUACCUGACGCAAGACGACGAGUUUAUCAUCAAGACUGUACAGCACAAGGAGGCAGACUUCUUGCAGAAACUGCUGCCGGGAUAUUUUUUGAACAUAAGCCAAAACAAAAGGACACUCCUACCCAAGUUUUACGGCCUCUACUGCUAUCAGUGCGGCGGCAAAAGCAUUCGGUUCACGGUGAUGAACAACCUGCUGCCGUCCACGGUGCGUCUGCACGAGAAGUACGACAUGAAGGGCAGCACGUACAAGCGCAAGGCCUCCAAGCACGAGCGCUCCAAGGGCUCCCCGACCCUCAAGGACCUGGACUUCAUGGAGAACCACCCGGACGGCCUGCACCUGGAGAAGGAGACCUACGAGGCGCUCAUCAAGACUUUACAGCGAGACUGUCGGGUCUUGGAGAGCUUCAAGAUCAUGGACUACAGUCUACUGGUGGGCAUUUACAACCUGGAUCAGGUCAACAGGGAGAAGAAUGCCUACCAGUCGUCCAGUCACGAGAGUUACUACAGCUCCGAACCCACGGAGCCCGACUCCCACAAUCCCAAUCAGAACGCCCUUCAGCGAGGAAAGUCUUUCAAGACACGAAUUGGCCAGUACUCCACCCCCAUGGAGUCUAUUCAGGGAAACACAGAGCUGUUGGAGGAGGAGGAUGAAGACGUUCCUCCUGGAGGUAUCCCCGCCCGCAACGCCAAGGGGGAGCGACUGUUGCUGUACCUGGGAAUCAUUGACAUCCUGCAGUCGUUCCGGUUCAAGAAACGUUUGGAGCACACGGUGAAAUCCAUGGUCAUUGAUGGGCCCUCAAACACUCCCCAUCCAAAAAGCGAUCCUUGAUGAACAAAUCACGCGCCCAGUCGACCAUACAGGAACAGCCCGAGGGCCCCACCCAGCACCGCACGGAGCGCUCGGGACGGACCAUCAGCUUUAGCGACGAGGCGCCGAUGGCAGGUGGCACGGGUGCUGUUGGCGGGAAGCCAGAUCUUCUUCCGGAAUAUUCCCGAGUGCCGGCGUCCGGCAGCGGUAACCGGUCACCCUCGCCCCGCUCUCCACGGUCAGAAAUGGCCUACAACCUCAACGGUAACUCGCGGCAGCAGCAGAAAAAACAGUGGCAAAGACAUGGGCAGCAGUAACGCUCUGGAGCCCAGCGGUCUGACCGACGGAGCCUCUCGGAGCCCCGACCUUCGCCACAGACACCCGCAAGCGGCCCGCGCCGUGCCCCGCUCGCCUCGCUCAGAACGUGUGUCGGCGCGGGUACAGCCCUCUUCCUCGGACCACCAGAGGUCGGAGGUCAUGCUGAAG